CUGGAAUCAAUCAUUGGAGUGCUACCUUGAUCUGUUCCGCCAGUUGUGCCUUGGAGAUCUCUGCCUGAGUCUUGCUAGCACAGUGCAAGGGGAUAACCAAUUUUUAGCUCACCAAGGAAAGAGCUCAGCGUGAACGAUUAAGAGAUUUGUCUGUAAUCGAGAGGUUAAAUGGCAACCCUGGAAAAACAUCUCCAAGCCUUGCUGAAAAAGUUUUGCAGGACUAUCUCUACCGUGGAUUCACACCCAUCAGAUGUGCGCCCUCUUCAGGUGUUGGAAGAUACAUUAUCCUACCUUUUGAACUUGUUAGAUUCUUCAGAGCAUCCGUUCGAAGUACUUCACGAUUUCAUCUUUGAUAGGACUAGGUCCAUUCGACAAGAUCUUGGCAUGCAAAACAUUGUUAAUGAUCGAGUAAUCUACAUGUACGAGGAAAUGGUUAAAUUCCACAUUACAUCCCAUCACAAGCUUUCACGGUGUAGUAGCAAUUCCGACAUAUCUCCUUUGCAUCACCUAAAUAUGGAGCAACUCUCUAAAUGCCUUUUGUCUAUUUAUGAGUUAUACAAUGCCAAUCGGGAGUCAGGCCCUUGUAAUGUGAACGAAGCUUAUUUCCGUUCAUUUUAUUUACUCCUUCAACUUGGUUCUAACAGCCACUCAACGGGUGAGUCACUAUCCUUGUGGCUUCGACGGCUGCCUACUCCUAUAAUUAAGUCAAAAGAAAUGAGCUUUGCUCGGCGAAUUUUAAGGUUCUUCAGAAUAGGCAAUUACAAACAAUUUCUAAGUUUUACAGCAGCAGAAGCAUCAUUUCUACAAUACUGCUUACUGGAACCUUCUAUUUACGAGGUUCGCAUACUAGCGGUGUCUUGUAUCAAUAACGGGGGUUACAAGCUCUUUCCAUACCCACUACAAGACCUAUCAAAGCUCUUACUAAUGCAGGAGUCUGAUGUGGAGUCCUUCUGCUACUCAUGUGGACUUGAAAUCAGUACAGAUGAAGCAGGAAACAAGUUCUUGCCUACGAAGCAAACGAGUUUUUCUCGACCUAAAGUGAGAUUCCCAUAUUACAGCUUAUUGGGUUGUGAGAGAUUAACACAGAGGAUACAUGAGAGCCAAUUGAUUGAAACAGAAGAAAUGAGAAAUAUUCAGUUAAAAUGCAACAAAGGCAUGUGAGAGGAUUAGCUCUAUCUAGGGGUGAAAGGAUGUUUCUUUUUGUGUAAGAUAUGUAUAACUUUCUCAUAAUUACAAAUGCUUGCAAACCUGAAUUAACUCGAAAAGAAUUGAUCUAUGGUAUG